UAAAUUAUGACUAAAAACCAAAAUUUAAAGAAGUGUACAAACGAUACAAAUAAAAUCAUCCUAUACGUGGUUUUUAUGACAACUUUGUUCCUGUUAUAUUGUAGUGGUGCAAAUAAUGAAAUUGAAAAUUCAAUAGAUUACCAUUCUGCCGAGUACCAAUCAUAUAACGGCAACGUUAUCACAUCUGAAAAUAACACAAAAAUAUUAACAAAAGUGUAUGAUAACGUGAAAGAAGGGUAUGUCGUAUGGAAUGACAAUUGUCGAAUACCUAACAUAAGUGCCUACGACAAGACAAUUAAAAAUUUUACUAAGAAAAUCAAUUCUCCAAAGUGCUUUUCAACAUUGCCGUUAACUAGCGUAAUCCUUGAUGUAGACAAAUGGUCUUAUACUUUCAAAAUUAACCAUGGACUUCACUCACAAAUUUCAAAAUCAAUUGUUAGUUGUUGUUAUUCGUCAAUCACUAGAAAUGAACUGAAAUUCAAAAAUAAUCCAAAUGAUGACGAUCGUUAUAAAGUUGAGCCGAAAUGUAAUCCCAUCAAUGAUUCAGAAAUAAUUCCCAAGUCCGUCGAAUACAUGAUGGUAACAUGUAAAUUGAGACCAAAUGAUAAUAAAUUAAAAUCAACAGUUUAUAAAGACAUCCAUGCAAUGGUGAUCGAUAAAGGUCAGAGGCGAUUCCGAAACGCAGAUAUCCCAGACAAGCCCAGCGUGCUAAUAAUAUCCAUUGAUUCAUUGUCUCGGUUAAAUCUUAUACGAUCAAUGCCUAUAACAUAUCGUUUGUUGGAAACGCAUGGAUUUAUGUCACUUGAGGGGUACACUAAAGUCGCCGACAAUACAUUUCCCAACGUUGUUCCAAUUUUAACUGGCAUGUUUGUAAAUCAAAUGACUAAACGAUGUUGGAAGAGUCCCAAAGACGAGAUGGACGGAUGUCCAUUUCUGUGGAAAGAUUUCAAAGAACGAGGUUACGUUACGGCGUACGUGGAAGACGAACCCAGCAUGGGCACUUACAACUUCGGUAAAUACGGGUUCCGGAACGCGCCGACCGACUACUACUCGCGGCCGUACAUGCUGGCGGCCGAGCGUUUCUUGCCGGUAGUCAAGUUUGACGGCAUGAAUUUCUGCCUCGGUCCGCGGUCCGCUCCCGACCGAGUGUACGGUUACGUGGAGGACUUUGUCCGGUUGCACAGGCACCACGGGUACUUUGCCGUGUUCUGGCUGAACACGUUCAGCCACAACGACUUGAACACGCCGUCGUCCAUGGACGAGCGGACGGCCGGCGCGUUGUCCAAGUUGCUGAACGGCCGGUUGUUGGACAACGCCGUCACUGCGGUGCUCAGCGACCACGGGCUCCGGUUCGGCUUGAUACGCCAGACGCAAGUCGGCUGGCUUGAGGACCGGAUGCCCGCGUUCUACGCGCGCCUGCCGCCCGGAUACGUGGCCGCACGACCCGACCACCACGCAGCUCUGGCAGUCAACAAACACCGAUUGACUUCGCCGUUCGAUCUGCACCUAACGCUCAAGCAAUUGCUGUUUCAGCAGCACGACAACGAUGACAACAACAGCAUUUUUCGGGGAACUGUGGCCGACGGCUGUCCAACCUGCCACAGUCUGUUCCGCCUGGCUGAUGCCAACAGGUCGUGCGAACAAGCAGGCAUCGCGCCGCAUUGGUGCACGUGCAACGAGUACGAAGAAUUGGACUAUCGUAGCAAGACAGCAGUGGACGGUGGCAAGUACGUGGUGCGGCAGCUGAACGCGCUGCUAGCCAAGUACCAAUCAGCGGUGCGCCAGGGGUACAGUUGUUCUCACUUGUCGCUGAGAAAAACCGUGUCAGCCCGGAGCAGGGUGAACCGGGUAAACGGUCGCCGCGAGUACUUGUUGGUAGUGGAAACGUUACCGGGCCGGAGCAUGUUUGAGGUGACCGUCGGCCAGGGAGGCGAUGACAAUGGCGCGUUUGGCAUGCUCGGCGACAUAAGUCGCAUUAACAUGUACGGGUUCCAGAGCUUUUGCACGGACGACUGGAGGUUGAAAAAGCAUUGUUAUUGUGUGAAAAAAAAACGGAAGUCUGGUGGCAGUUAACUGCAGCAGUUGCAAAUGUUCCGCUGUGACUUGACGAGUGCAUACAAAUUGUGCGACCCCUAAACUCUGUGACAUCACAAUAUUCUAGAUUCCAACUUGUAUUCCUAUUUUUAAAACUAUAAAUUAUUAUAAUUACUUAUUGUGAUAUAACAUCACAAAGUCCCAAAAUAUGAAGUAAGUGCAUAAUAAUAAAAUACGUAUGGUCUGAAAUUUACUACAGAGGCCAGAGAGUGCACACUACUGCACAAUACAUAAGUACAUUGGAUCGCAAGAGAAAUUAAAAUAUCUUCUUGUAGCCAUGAAGUUGACACUAUUUAAUAUCCACUUAUUGUUUCUCAAAGACUCAAACUCAAACAGUUAUAUAUAAUUACAACAUUUUGCUAUUCGUAUGCAACUUAUUGAGUUGUCCACCAAUGGGCAAUAACUCGUCAUGGUUUAAUAAAAAUACGAAUUACGGCCUGCAACCUUCUCCGCUUCAUCUAGGUUGAUUCAGCCAAAGGAAAACCCAACCUAACCUAUUUUUUUUAUAUAAUAACAUCGCCAAGUGGGGGUUGUUCAUCUUUGCACAGAUGAUAAAAUCGGAUAUUUGGAUUGCCCCAAAGGAAGCUCGAACCCACUUUUUUAGCAAGCUAGUAUAUACAUAAUACAUGCAGUUUUCCAAUGUUAAUCAUAAUACAAUUCGACUGAUUCAAUUAACCACCAUCACAUAAAUUAAUUUAAUCGUUGUCAUGAUUACUGGAACGGGUGUCACUUCUCGGGCUGACAUGAGUUCACCCUUAGACAUCUCGUUCUGUCCUGUUCAUGAGCCAAAGCCCGCCACAAUCCUAAAAGCACCGUUCUGAACUUCUGAGUAAUCCUUUUCUCGAGCCCAAUGCUUUGGAUUCUCGUACUGUCCUUCCACAGCCUGUUCAGCUCUCUCUCCCGUUUCCUCAAGUUUUGAGAGUUAUGAUCUCUGUUACCAUUGUGUAGACGAUUCUGAGUCGUAAAGUAUAGCCGCUCUUUCAUAAUGAUUGAUCGGCAAGUAUUCGAAUAACAGCCCAGAGAGAAUGUACCUAUUAAAAAUCCACCCUGUUGUAAAUAAAUAUGUGGUUUGGUUAGUUUCUUAUCUCGGUGGAAAAAAAAUUAUGCCACCAUUUCCACCUCCGAGGAAUGUUAUUUGUUCAAAAGAGUCGUAUGCUGAGUCCUAAACUGCAGAGCGAUACGGCCUAUAUAGUAUACAUAGGCUAUAUACAUUCCAUCCUAGAAAAUAUAUAUAAUUAUAAUUAUAUAUUUAAUGUUCACGAUUGCGUACGAUUUGUAUCUGCAACUUUGAAGCACUGUUACCAUUUGCUUUGAACAAUUUUUGAUUACCAUUUUUACCUUUUCAAGACAUCCAAAAUGCGUUUGGUGAACUAAUAUAAAUUUUUCCGGAUUUAAAUAUUGGAUGUUUGUUUUCUGACUAAAUUUUAAAUACAUACUUGGAGAAUGGUUGUUUAUUUCCACAGGAAAUUUGGACACAAGAGCCAUCCGAAAAUCCCCAGAAAAAAUUCAACUAUAUAAUUGCUAUAAUAACUUUAAUUUUGCAUUUAUUUUUAUUUUUUUUAAGUAGGUACAACAAAUGGAUCUGAAAGUUUUCAUCGAACUUAUAACGCUCAAUUUCAUAGCUCCCACUCUUCUGUCCAUGUAGUUUUAAAUAUUUUAAAAGAAACGCAAGAGGAAACAUGUACGAAAAUUCAAUCAGUAUUUAAAGGUCGUAUUAAAAAAAUGGAAAAUGCUGAUUUAAUUCGUAUAAAAGAAGCCAUGAAAGAAUAUAACAAGUAUAAAAUUCAUAAAAAUACUAUAAAAAAUUUGUCAAGAUUUGAGUUUUUAAGUGGUACCAUAACUUAAAUCAUUUUUUCAAAAUUUAAAUUUUACUGAUCACAAAUAAAAACAUAAAUUAGGCAACGUUGCACAGCAAAUCAUACCCAAUCGUUUGACUUUUGGGGUAAACAUUAAAGUUAAUGGUUUAACGUACGCAAUCGUGUUCUCAAAAAGGCACAUCGUACGCAAUCGUGUGGUACCCAAAAUUUGCAACACAGUUGCCCCCCGGGCCCCGAUCUCUUCUUACCUGUUAAAAUCACAACACGUUUGUACACCAAAUGAUAUGUGUAUAUAUACUAUGUAAGAGUAAGAUAAUUUAUGUAUAACAUAAAAUAAUGUAUACAUGUAUACUUAUUACUAAUUACUAUUAUUUAAUCACAAUUUUUCUUCCCAAUUAUUACAGAAUACAGGCUAUUAGGACUGUCAAAUUAUCAUCAUUGCAGGCUUGGUUAAAAAAUGUUUUUUUUCUAAAUUACGUGUAGCUAAAUGCAUAUACUGACAUAGUCAAUACACGAUAUAUUUUUUUUAUUAAAAAUUGUUUAUUUUUUCUAUACUGAUAUAGUCAU